GAUUUUACUCUCCGCCGAAAAGAUGUCUCCGCUCGUUUUGUUCGUAGUUGUGUCAUUGGUUACGACCGCCCUGGCCCAUCCGAACCAUCAAGUGAAUCAGAGGAAAAAGACAAUGCCGCAAAAGAAGCCAAUGAAGAUGCCUCCUCAAAUGCCAAUUUCGAUAAGGCCUGACGAGUGUGAAGGACAGUUUGUAUGUGCUGGUGGUAGUCAGUUCUCCCAUCCAGAGUGUAUUGCUGGACCCUUGGUAUGUGACGGCAGGCCAGAUUGCUCUGGUGGCCAGGAUGAAACUAACUGUCCACCAACCUGCAGUCCAAAUCAAAUCUUGUGCUCGGAUAAAAUGACGUGCGGAACUAGAUGCGACAAGAUCCCUGACUGCCCGCUGGCUGAGGACGAAAAGUCAUGUCCAAAACCAUGCUUCUGUGACAGCGGGCUGUUCCUGUGCAAGGAUGGGGAAACCUGCCUGCCGAUGUCGAAGAUAUGUAAUGGUGAAAAUGACUGUCCCGGUGGUGAGGAUGAAGCGGACUGCUCGCCAGAAUGCCUUUGCGGUGAAACGAAGUAUCUGUGUGAGGGAGGAAAAUGCAUUGACCGUGAGCUGCUCUGUAAUGGUGUGAACGACUGUGAGCUUGGCGAUGAUGAAGACGAGUGUCCUGACGGUUGCAAGUGCAAUGAAAAGGAAUAUCUGUGUCUUGGAGGGGAAAAGUGCGUCCCACAGACUGCGUUAUGUGAGGAGACUGCUGGACCUGCUGAUUGUCCGUUUGGCGAUGACGACAUGUGUGGACAACCCGCUCGUUGAGAACAUAUAUUUUUAUAGUACAUCUCAUUCUGAUUUGUGACGAUUCUUACGAAUCCGAUUUACUUCACUCAGAAAUAAACCUUAUUAUAAAAUAAACUGUUGAUCUUUUUUGAACCUGUAUGAACUAUUGAUUUCUGUAAGACCACUAGUUUGUAGAGUUUUAUUCUUACUUCAAUGUUCUUUUUUUAAAAACUCAUGGUUUGUAAAAUGCAUUACUGCUUUUUAAUUAUGAAAU